AAAAGAAAGCGGCUGAUCGCCCCCGAGAGAAAUUUCAAACGACGAUGGCCGAGUUCAAGCGCCAACCUCUAACCUGAACUCUGCGAUCCAUUUGCAGAAAAACAGCCCAAAAAAAAAAAAAACAAAAAAAAAAAAUGGCAUCACAGCAGAGCCCUUCGUCUUCCUCUUCAAAAAAACCCAAGUUCUCAGUCUACCAAAACCCUAAGUUCUCCGCUGCUCUGACCGCCCGCAGCCUCCAGCCCUCCUCCUCCGCCCUCCUCUUCUCCUCCGCCGCCACCGCAAUCGCCGGUUUCUCUCUCCACCUUCUAAGCUCUAGGGAGAAGCAGUUGGUCUACAACUUGACCCAAAUUCAUGUUCCUCUCUCUACAGCUUUUUUGAUCUCCAAAUGCUUGCAAGGUUUGAUCACGUUGCUGCUUGUGCUGUCACUAUCGGCUCUUAUUCGAGCGUUAUCGCUGCGUAAAACGAAGAAGGCACUGGCUAUUGCUGCAUCCAUUGCGAAGAAACCCGAGGAAAAGGAUAAUCUUUUAACUCAACGGCAACUUGGAUUACUUGGGCUGAACCCAAAAGCAACUGAAAAUGCUGAGGCUGAGCAAUCGAAGAAACCACCCAAAUCAAAACCCAUUACUCCUCAGCGAACCUCGGAGACUCUCGUUCCGAUUCGGAAACCGGGUUUCGGGUCUACCCCUUCUCGCCAGUCAAGAAUUGGGUUGGAUCACCAGAGCUCCAAUAGUGCUAAGAAAACCCCAAUAUCACCAGUUUCAGCUUCUCCUACUCGGGCUUCUCCAUGGUCGAGGCAGAGCUCAGGCAGUGCGAAGGGGAUACUAACGGAAGAAAUGUUAGAGCAAUACUUAGCUGAUGUCGAUGAAAAGUUCACUGAAUCAGCAACUAACUCUGUGACCACAACACCUCAAUCAACCGUUAGGGGCUUUGGCAUUGCUAGCCCUGGAUCGGUUGGCAGCUCAGCUACUGCUUCAGGCACAGCUCGAAGCACUCCAUUGAGGCCUGUGAGAAUGUCCCCUGGUUCCCAUCAGAAGUAUACCACGCCACCGAAGAAAGGAGAAGGAGACCUUCCUUCUCCAAUGUCAAUGGAACAAGCAGUUGAGGCUUUUGAGAAUUUGGGUGUGUAUCCUCAGAUUAGACAGUGGGAGGAUAGAAUUAGACAGUGGUUUUCUUCGGUUCUGAUGAACCCGCUACUUGAUAAGAUUGAAACAAGCCAUAUUCAGGUUAUGCAAGCUGCGUCUGCUAUUGGAAUAUCGAUAACUGUUACUCAAGUUGGAAGUGACCCAGUGAGCACAGCAGCUCCUGUUAAUGUCUCCCCGAUCAAUGGAGCUAAAGAGUGGCAACCGGCAGUCACGGUGGAUGAAGAUGGGCUUCUUCAUCAAUUACGUGCUACACUUGUUCAAACACGUGAUGGAUCAAUGUCACAAUUACUUCUAGCUGGUCAGCAACAAAUACAGCAAAAUCCAUUGCUUCCCCUAGUACAACAAUGUGUAGAUGCCAUCACUGAGCACCAGAGGCUUAACACAUUGAUGAAAGGAGAGCUAGUCAAAGGAUUGCUUCCACAUAGCAGUGUAAGAGCAGAUUAUACUGUUCAAAGGGUUCGAGAGCUUGCUGAAGGAACAUGCUUAAAGAAUUUCGACUAUAUGGGCGAUGGAGAUAGUUAUAACAAAGCAGGAAAAAAGGCAUCAAGCGAGCUUCCAUCUGACUCCCACUUGCUUUUAUAUCUGUUCUGUGCUUUCUUGGAGCAUCCAAAAUGGAUGUUACAUGUUGAUCCUUCAUCCUAUUCUGGUUCACGAUCCAGCAAGAAUCCUUUGUUUCUUGGAGUCCUUCCCCCAAAAGAUAGGUUUCCAGAGAAAUAUGUGGCUAUUAUUUCUGGUGUCCCUUCUGUUAUUCACCCAGGAGCUUGUGUGUUGUCUGUUGGAAAGCAAAGUCCACCAAUCUUCGCUCUGUAUUGGGAUAAAAAGCUUCAAUUCUCUCUUCAGGGAAGAACAGCACUGUGGGAUGCUCUUCUGCUGCUCUGCCACAAAAUUAAAGUUGGAUAUGGAGGUAUAGUUCGUGGAGUCCAUCUCGGUUCUUCAGCAUUCAACUUGCUCCCUGUUCUUGAUUCGAACGACGAAAGCUGAAGGAAAUGUUGUCAGCUUGAAGCCUUCUCGUCCUUGUUGUGAGCUAUAGAUAUUCUGGGUUUUAACUUGGAAGGUCGUCUAACUAGUAAUCAUCCAAAUGUAUUUUUCCUGUUAUGCUGACUAAACAACUAGCAACUUGUUUCUUGUUACGUAGUUGAGGCGACAUCAACACGCAGACUGGUGAUUUCUUUUACUCAAGAGUGUAGCAGAACGAUCUUUUUUCGGUAUCACACCUUAGUUCCUGAAUA